CUUGUUCAUCCCAUACCGCUCUCCUCUACUAGUCGCCCUCCCUGCCUUUUACCCAUGCCUCCCCCAUGCUAUGCCGAUCUUUCCAGUUCUGCCAGGGAUCUUUUCGAAAAGCAUUUUAAAUUUGGCCUAUUGAAUUUUGAUUUCAAAUCUAAGACAUCGAAUAAUGUUGAUAUCCAUAUAAAUGGAAACCGGCGUCCCAUUUCCAAUGCACUUGCAACCUUCUUAGAAAUGAAAACAAUCCUGUCGCCUGGCGUACGGGCUAACGUUAAAUUAACCUCCAAUUGGGUCACAACCUUCGACCUUGAAGCGAAGGGAAAGCUGCAUCCAAAUCUCAAGCAUAAUUUGGUUUCCGUUCUUGAGAAAGAGACAGGAAACAAGUCAUUGACGGCCAAGACCUCGUUCUCUCAUGAUAUCGUUAAUGCGGGUUUAGAUCUAGGCUUUACUUCAAAAUACCCCCUUGUCACCGGCUCCCUCGUAUGCAAGGAUUACUCUGCUGGUGUGCAUGCAGUCUUUGAUUCAGCCCAGAUGAUUAUUAAUCGAUAUCAAUACGCUUUUAAUUGUCGGCAUGACGAUAUACACGCCUGCAUUUCACUGACUAACCAUUCAAAUAUUGAUCUUAAUGUCUUUCACAGCAUAGACAAUCUUGAUGUGGGCUUUAAACUAGGAUGGACUAAGCAAAAUAGCGCAACGUCCUAUGGUGCUGCACUCAUGUACAGGCCCUGCAAAAACUCGUUUAUAAAGGCGAAAGUCGACCAAGAUUCAAUCGUCGGUCUCGCUUACGGCAUAAAAGCUAAUCCAGAAAGUUGA